AUGCCGUUCGGAAUCCUCGACUGCAAAAAACUGGAAAAUGUGCCUGGCACAUCUUUCAUGAGCGAUCAGGAUGACCUACCACCGGAGUACGCAGAGGUCCCGCGAGAGCUGUUGAAGCAUGGCAAGGGCAGGUUUUCAAAUAUCAUCUUGAUUCCUCAACCGUCGGACUCUCCCAACGAUCCCCUGAAUUGGCCACAAUGGAAGAAGGAAAUGAUUCUCCUCAUCGUUUCACUCUCCGCUGCCGUCGUGGGCGCGUUCGGCCCCAUGUUGAGUCCUGGUUUCGUGGAGAUCUCGGCUCAACUUCACAUCACCGUUGAAAUCCUGUCCCAGGCUACCGCGUGGUUGAUCCUCACCAUCGGACUCGGACUGUUCUUGACCAAUCCUCUGGCCAAGAUAUAUGGGAAGAGGCCAAUCUAUAUUCUUGCGAGCUGCAUCAUGUUCGCUUGUUCUGUUUGGGGUGCAAAGGCUGGCAAUUAUAGCAGCUUUCUAGCUUCCAGGGUCAUCAGUGGCGUGGGAAUGGCGCCGUAUGAGGUCCUUGUCCAAUGUACAAUUGGUGACCUUUACUUUGUUCAUGAAAGGGCUACCCGAAUCGCAGUGUGGAAUUUGUUUCUCCUGACAGGAAUCUCUGGUGGCGCCUUAGUUGCUGGAUACAUAAUCGAAUAUGACGGGUACCAGUGGACCUUCGGAGUAUGCGCCAUCAUGUUCGGUGUGCUCAUGUUCGCUGUAUUCUUUCUUGUCCCCGAGACCACGUAUCGCCGAGACGCUGUCGUGGUGGUACCGGUGGCAGAUACCGUCGACACUGACCCCGAGAAGCCGGGUGUGCAACAUGUCCACAUGAAGUUGGGACACGAACAUGACAUCUCUCAAGCUCGUGGAGAGAAGGACAAACAUCUGUCUUACACAGUCACACGUGGUUCGAACGAACCCAAGAUGUCGUUCUCGCGGUCGCUGAGGGUUUUCACUGGCCGAUAUAGCUAUGCCCCGAUCUACAAGAUCUUUACCCGGCCGGUGUUGCUCUUCUUCUAUCCGGCGGUAUUUUGGGGUUUCCUCAUGUAUGGCACCACCUUGACUUGGAUUGUGGUAUUCUCUGUGGUCAAUGGAGUGAUAUUUGUCGCUCCGCCUUACAACUUCUCGGUGUCGCAAGUCGGGUUGAUCAGCUUGUCGCCAUUUAUCUUGACGUUAAUCGGAGAGGUCAUCUCUGGACCCCUUAACGAUGCAAUUUGUCUCUACUUGACCAAGAAGAACAAAGGAAUUUACGAACCUGAAUUCCGACUGGUGCUCAUCAUCGUUGUCAUCAUCCUCGGCACGGUUGGAUUCUUUGGUUUCGGGGCGACUGUGCAUUACCAGACGCACUGGCUGGGACCAGUCUUGACAUUUGGGUUUGCGAAUAUGAGCCUGGCCUUUGCAUCGACCUGCGUCUUUGGUUACGUGAUCGACUCCUACCCCAAGUUGAAUGAGGAAGCAUUCGUUGCAAUCAACGCCCGGAAUCUCUUGACCUUUGGCCUGACAUACUUUGUCAACAAUUGGCUAGCGCGAGAUGGCCCCUUGGAGCCUCAUACCGGUGCCUCGAGUGCGCCAACCGUCGCCAUGAUGAAAAAGAAAUCUGUCUAUACCAACAUCACCCCGAUUCCCUCGCAUAUCCCCCGUCAACUGGCCAUUGACAUGCUGCACAGUCAUGGCGAGAUUAUCGAGCUGAACCCCCUCGUCACCGGCUACAAACCCAUCAAAGCCCCUCAGAAUGCGCCCGCCGAUGAAUUCUUCUCCACGUGGUACGAAAUCAAUGAGAGGAUCCAGUACGUGCCAGGGAUAGGAAGAGCGGGAUCAGGCAAGAUAUCCUUCAAGGGCUGCUUCCAUGAUAUGCCGUGGGGUCUACAGACACAUGUCUACGCGCCCAUGGGCGUAGACUUGCGCAACAAGUGGCAGAUUCGGGGCAAUCAACCAGGCGAGCCACCCGAGUCGAGAGAGCUGGGAAGCAAUGCCCCUCCCGAGGGUCUUUAUCUACGUGAGGACAUUGAAAUCAAAUGUAACCCGGCCAUGGUGUCGUUUGUCAAGAAGGAGAUGAAGGCCGCCUCGAAGACCAUGGUCGACCGCUUGGUGAAAAAGGCCGAACUGAUCGACGCUGGCGUGCUGAGUGCCAUGAUGGAAGACGGCAAACUCAAGACGCUGAAUCCUGCAGAUCGCUCCCAGACAUUCCAACAACAAGGCCAUUAUUCUCCGUCCAUGCUCUCUCCCCUUCCGCAAUCCGCUUUCCCUCAAUCCCCGGCUGUCCCGGCGUUUCAACAGUCGGCAUAUGCAAGACAAUCCAUGUACGGCGCUCCCGGCCCACAAUACUCACCAGCACCGCAGAGCCAGGGUCUGGCGAUUGAAAUGGAGGGAAGUACGCAUUUCAUCCAACCGCCACCGCCUCAGCAACAUCAACAACUGCAUCCCAACCGGUUCUCGUCGGCAGUCUCUGAACUGUCUGCCAGCUCUCCAAACCAAAGCGACUUCCCACACACUAGCAGCCAGUCAGACCGGCAAAGCUAUGCCGAGUCUGUCAGUUCGAUGCCGAGCUCUGUCGCCCACAACGGCAUGGUCUCGCCUGGCAUGGAAAAACGAGCAUUCAUGGCCGAAUUACCAGCAGGCAUGGCACAUGCGCCCAACAGAUCGCCUCGGAGCCCAGACCCAAACGCUAUGUCAGCGCAAGCUCAACAGCAAAUGGCACAACAACAGUACCGAUACAACCCUCAGGACUACGCUCGGAUGUCAUGA